GCAACAGGGCAGGAAAUGUAUCCCCGGGUCUGCUCCAGGGCACGACUUGCCAUGUGAUUCUGUGGUUUGGCAGUUGGACAUCUCCGAGACCUUAAAGGUCCUCACCUUUAGCCAUAAACUGCUGACUUAAGAUUCCCAGCUGGUGUGAGGACAAGCAGUGGGUAGAAGGCAGGAGACCAGAUAGAAAGAGAGCCAGCCGUAGCGGCAGCUACAAGGAGCUCCCUAUCUCCGGAGCGCGGUGGGGCAGAGGGCUCCCGGGAGUCAGCAGCCCCUACGUCCCCACGCUGAGGCAGAUGACGGCGCCGACGGCCAAGGGCGUCCCGCGGCUGGACUGGAGGUGCGCGCGGCGGCUCCUGGAGCCCGCGGCUGGGGGAAGGUAGGAACCAAGUGGAAAGCCGCUUUCCAACCCCGGCCGUGCGCGGGGCAGUGACUGGGUACCAGGGGGGGCAGGCAGAGCCCUCUCCCGCCAACCCACGAGGUUGGCAAUUUCACCUGACCCUCCGCGAGGGUGCCGGGACCCUGGACGCUGAACCGAGGGCAAGAUCCCAGCUCCAAGAGGAGGCGGCGGCGGCGAAAGAGCCGAGCUUCGGAGCCCGGCUCUCGGGGUCCUGAAGCCCUCCUCCCCGCUCUGUCCCGGAUUCCUGGCGGCCGUGGAAGCCGCUGCUGCGCAGCCGGAGAUUCAGCCCGCGGCUUCAGCGCCGAAGCCCCACAGCCGCCACCCGGCAGGUGCCAGACUCUGGUCUCAGGGAGGGCACCUGCCCGCGGGGCGCACGAGCCCUGGGGGAGGGGGGAGCCAAUGGGGCCUCGCCAGGGGCAUUCGGGUGAAGUGUCUGCCGCCCAGUGCCCGGCGCCCCGGGAGUCCCUGCCAUGCUUUUACCACCCCGAAGGAACCGGACUCUGUACCCACCGCUGCUGCUCUUGCAGCUGCAGCUGCCCCCGGUGGGUGCCUGGAGCCCUGCAGGGGCGGGUGGGAACAGCCGGGAGAUCCUGGGGCCGGCGCAGAUAGUUACUGCCAGCCUCCUGUCGCUCCUCAUUCUUUGGACCUUGUUGGGGAAUGUACUGGUGUGUGUGGCCAUCAUCAGAUACAGACAUCUGCGCUCCAAGAUGACCAACAUCUUUAUUGUGUCCUUGGCCAUCUCCGACCUCUUCGUUGCCCUCCUAGUCAUGCCCUGGAAAGCCGUAGCAGAGGUGGCUGGCUACUGGCCCUUUGGGGCCUUCUGCAAUAUUUGGGUGGCCUUUGACAUCAUGUGCUCUACUGCCUCCAUCCUGAACCUGUGCGUCAUCAGCGUGGACCGCUACUGGGCCAUCUCCAGCCCCUUCCGCUAUGAGCGUAAGAUGACCCAGAGGGUGGCUUUGAUCAUGAUUAGUGCAGCCUGGGCCUUGUCCAUCCUCAUCUCUUUCAUCCCUGUGCAGCUCAAUUGGCAUAAAGACCAGGAGGUUUUUGCCAGAAACCAGUCCCCACCAUCCACUUUCACCAAUGGGACCCUCUGGGGAGAGGAGACAGAGGAACUGGUGGCUGAGGGAGUUGAGAACUGUGACUCAAGUCUCAACAGGACUUAUGCCAUUUCCUCCUCCCUGAUCAGUUUCUACAUACCGGUGGCCAUCAUGAUCGUGACCUACACGAGGAUUUAUCGCAUAGCCCAGGUGCAGAUCCGGAGGAUUUCCUCCUUGGAGAGGGCUGCGGAGCACGCUCAGAGCUGCCGGAACAGCCGAGUGGACUGCCAACAUCAUAACAGUCUCAAGACCUCUAUCAAGAAGGAGACUAAAGUCUUAAAGACACUCUCUGUGAUCAUGGGGGUCUUCGUCUGCUGCUGGCUCCCAUUCUUCAUUCUGAAUUGCAUGGUUCCUUUCUGUGAUAACCCUGGGGACCCCCAAGCUGGCUUCCCCUGUGUGAGUGAGACAACCUUUGACAUCUUUGUCUGGUUUGGGUGGGCCAACUCAUCUCUCAACCCCAUCAUCUAUGCUUUCAAUGCUGACUUUCGGAAGGUAUUUGCCAACCUUCUGGGGUGCAGCCACUUCUGUGCUGGAACCCCAGUGGAGACAGUGAACAUUAGCAACGAGCUCAUCUCUUACAAUCAGGACACAGUAUUCCACAAAGAGAUUGCCACUGCCUAUGUCAACAUGAUCCCUAAUGUGAUUGACUCUGUAAGUGGAAAUGAUGAGGGUCCCUUUGACAGGAUGUCACAGAUUUCCCAAACUUCCCCAAAUCAUGAUCUUGCAACUGAUUCAGUGUGUGAGCUGGACUGUGAGGGGGAGAUUUCACUGGGCAAAAUAACACCCUUCACUCCAAAUGGUUUACAUUAAACUGCUUAAGGAAUUUGCUUCUUGGAAUGGCACAUUUGCAAAGUCUUAGAUAUACACACAUACACACACACACACACACACACACACACACAAACCCAAACACCCAGACACAUAACACACUCAUACAUUUGUUGGUCAGGUAACACAUGCCUUUUCUGCAUUUCUGUCUAGCGUUUGAAGUGAUUAGCAAAACCAUGGUAGUGAAAGGAGGAACUUCAGUCCCACCAUCUUGUUUCUUCUUAAUCACCAGGGAGGGUAAAAUGUUCAUGGACAUUAAAACAUAGUUUUAUAAACUGUUUGUCCAGUUACUUGUGUUUGAAUUGGUUUUAAAAAUAGCAGAGACCCAAAAGUGGGGUGGAGGGGAAAUUAUCUCUGUAUCACUGUCUGUUCUCAUGUGUUUGUGCAAUCUCUAUCAUGCUGGGUUUCUUUAUUGGUUAUGAAAUCCUUCUCCAUUUGCUCAGAAGGACUAAUAAAUGUAUGUUAUAUUGAUAGUGGGGUUUUCUUUCAUCCAUCAACCUGAUUUUCAAUGUGGUGUACUUCCUUAGCUAGGAUUAUUAGGAACCAGUCUUUGUAGAGAGUUUUAAAAAAAGACAUUUUCUUCGUCAAAAAUAUAUUUCUUCUAAUGUUAGCAGACAAUUCUGCCUUAAAGUUGUACACAGAGAUGGAUGAUUGUUUUCAAUUUGCCUCUUCAUGCUAUUUGCAUUUUGAGCUGGGGGUUGGGGUGGGUUACAAUCUUUAUGCUGUGUUAUAUGUCUGUACUAUAGUUUUGAGUUAGUAUUUCAAGCCAAUGUUAGAGUUACUGUAGCAAAUGCCCAUUUACCAGGCAUUGGAUUUUCAGUUUUCUUCUAUAAAUUUUCUCCUUGAAAAAUAGUCAUAAUGGUGAAGAUAAACUGUUUCCUUGGUGUUCUAGAUAUAUGCUAUUCAUUUUCAAAAUUAUGCUAAAAU